UUUUUUUUUUCUUUUCUAUAUUAUCAUUGUUUCAAUGUCUUUAUCUCUCGUUUUAUUAUAUAUUGUUGGUUCUUUUGCAACUGGACUCCAAUCUCUUCCUUUCUUUUCUCUUCUUUUUUAUCCAGUAUUAUUGAAUUAUACUAGAAAACAAUGGAAAAACAACAUUUUAGCUUUUAUUGUGAAUACACUUGCUGUAUCUACUGCUACUCUUACUACCUUUGAUAUUGUUUAUGGAACACCUCCAUUUACUCAUUUCUCACGAGUCUUGGUAUAUGCUGCUGUAAAUAAUCUCUUUAUAAUUAUUAGUACAUUGAUAGAUAGACUGGCCUUUAUCAACAAGAAUAGUGGUGUUUGGACUCGUGUUUUACUCUUUCCAUGUAUGUGGACCUAUCUCUGGCAUAUCCAUGACUAUUAUGGCGAUGGUUCUGGUUAUUCUAACAGUACAAGUGAUUGGGCUGCUUGGGCACAGAUUGUGGAUCUAGGAGGAAAAUCAUUAUUGGAUUGGUUACUUGCUCUUUUUGGAACAUGUCUAUUGGAAUAUGAUACUUGGUCAAAACUAUAUUUCCAGUGGAAGGAAUCUUCAUCAAUUUCAGCAACGGAAUCAUCAUUAACAACAACCACGGCAACAACUGAAACAAAACAUAUUCCUUCUGUUAAUCAAGCUCAUUCUUCGCUAUCAUCACGUUUAUCCAAGAUACGACUCCAACUUCUUCUUCAUCCUUUAUCACUUUAUAUGAUCGUGGUUGGAUUGCUAUAUGUAUAUGGAGAAGUCAAAUCAAGUAUUCGUCGUGGAGCAUUUUUUCAAAAACCUAUCAAGGACUGGGCACCUGAUACCAUCCCUGUGGCAUGUGUCAUUGGCUCUGGUGGAUUUGAUAUGGAAUUACGAUCUAAUUAUUCUCAUUGGAUGGACAAAUCGAUAGAUGCUUCUCAGAGAGGUGCUAAACUUGUGUUAUGGUCUGAAGAAGUAGUAUUAACAGAAACUUUACAAGAUGAAGAACGAUUACGAGCAAUGGCAAUCAAAGUAGCAAUGGAACAACAUAUUUACCUGGUAAUAGCUUAUGAUCGACAGUUUCCAACCAAUCACAAUAUGGCUGUUCUAAUCUCACCACAAGGCGAUAUUUUGAUCGAUUAUAUCAAGGCCAAUCCUGUCCCUUUUGAUGAGGACAAUGAACCUGGACCUGGAGUCUUACUUUAUGUGGAUAUUCCUGAAUUUGGACGAAUUGGACUAGUUAUUUGUUAUGAUUUAUCAAUGCCCAAGUUUAUCCGUCAAGCUGGACAAAACAAUGUAGAUGUUCUUUUACAGCCAGCUUUCAAUUGGGGUGCAGGAGCACCAAGUGUACUUCGUAAUCAACAACUUCGACCGAUUGAAAAUGGAUUUACUUUAUUUCGAUGUGUUUCACAAGGUAUCUCUGGUAUCAUUGAACCAGUGAUUCAUGGCCAUUAUGAACAAAAGACGGUGACGAUCUCCAAUUCAGUUUAUAUUUUCAACUUGCCUCUUCAACAACGAAUCAAGACAUUAUAUAGUGAUUAUAUAGGUGAUUUUGUACCAAUGACUAGUUUAGCUUUUAGUAUAGUGAUUUUGACACGUUUACAUUUCUUUUAAAAUAUAUAUUCAGUCAGCAUAAAAUUCAUUGGCUGUGACUGAGCAACAGAAAAAAAAAAAUCUGGACCCGCAAUAAAAAAAAAAAAAAAAGAAUCCAC